GUGAAUUUUUUUUUCUUUGUACCCAAAGCUACAAUGUUUCCAAUGAAAAAAAUGAUGAUGAACGAAUAACAACAACGUAUUCUAUUUUUACUGUCGUCAUAUCAAUGUUUGCGAUAAAUGAUGAACCGUUAUAUUUGUCUUACUUGAUAUUUUCAACCAAUUGGUUUUCUGUUUGGCCUAAUCAUCGACAUAUAAAAAGCGAAAUAUUUGACCGAGAAAUAAUUUCAUUUGUUUCUGAUAGCUAAAUGGCUCAAUUACAUCGCUAUUAUCGUCAACGAUUUUUUAAUUUAUUUCAACAAAAAUCAUUUCAUCAUCAUCGUGCAUCAUUAUUACAAUGUCGUAAUUUAAAUCUAGUCAUCAAUUAUAAUGAUAUCAACAUAAAACGUCGAAUCCAUACUAGUGGCAUAUUAUUAUCAUCGAAUGAUACACUUUAUCAACAUGAACAUGAUAUUUCACGAUCAUUUAUCAUGCCACAACAGCAAACAAACGAUCAAAUUAUAUCAUCAUUAAAUGAUACGGCAUACGUGUCGUUCAUAAGCCAUCAAGAAAUACGAGAUAGACAACAAAAUCUUAUGCUUCUUGCAUGUGAACAUUUAAGAAAAAUUCAGCCAUCAUUCAAAAAUUUAUCACCUUUAAUAUUGAUUGCAACACCCCCGCCACAAUAUCAAGGCAAUACAAAGAUACCGGUGAAUGAAUGUAAACAAAAUACCGAUUUUACUUAUCUGACUGGACUUCAUUCAGGUACUAGUGAUCAACUAACAAGUAAUUGUGUUCUGGCAAUUUUUCUUGAAAAUCCUGAUUGUAUCGAUUCAUGUCGUUCGAUAAUAUUUUCAUCGAAUCGUACGAAAAGUGAAAAACAAUGGCAUGGACCAGAACUAAAUGUUCAAUAUGAACUAUGGCUUAAACAAAUCUGUGAUGAUUGUCAACCAUUGACCGAAUUAGUGAAUUUCAUAAAUAAACAUAUAAAACCUUAUCGUCGUGAUAUGUUUAUAUCAAGAAAAACAUUGGAAUAUCGUCCUGAAUUAGUUACACAUCUUAAAUUUUAUCUUAAAUCUUCUACAACAUCAUUUGACAAAGAAAUGGAAAAAUGGUCAACAAGUUUAGGACAAACGAUUCAAUCGGUUAAUAUACGUGAUAUUUCCUUAUUUAUCGAUCAAUUACGGGUGAUUAAAUCUAGUCAAGAAGUAAAAGCCAUGAAACGUGUUGGUCAUAUUGGUGCAUUGGCUCUCACCAAUACGAUUGAAUGGAGCAGACGACUGUUUUCAACAACCAACACUAAUGAUAAUCCAUCAUUUACUUUCAUUGAAUCACAUAUUGAUGCAAAGUUUAAUUUUGAAUCCAAGUUAUUAGGUGCACGACAUCAAUCAUUUCCAAGUGUUUGUGCAAGCGGUCCACGUGCAACUAUUAUUCAUUAUGGCCGCAAUGAUCAUAUCAUUACCCGUAAUGAUAAUGAUAAUUGUUGGAUAUUAACCGAUGUAGGAUGUGAAGAUGUUGAUGGUUAUUGCUGUGAUAUAAGCCGUACAUGGCCCAUCGACAUGAAUCGAAAUUCGAUCAAGAAUGAUAAAUUUCAAUUACAAUCACAAUUAUAUGAAGCAUUGAUUGGCAUACAACAUGAAUUAGUCAAUUCAAUCACUAUUGGCCAUACUUCUUUGAAUGAUCUCAAUCAAUUAAUGUUGAAUAUAAUGGCACGAAUUCUGCCUGAAUUCAAUAUGUUCGAUGAAUCCGUUUCAAAUGAUGAUGUACGAAAUAUUAUCAAACGUCUUUGUCCACACCAUGUCUCACAUUAUUUAGGUUUAGAUAUUCAUGAUACGCCAUCGGUAUCACGUUCGUUGCCAUUAUUACCAGGAAUGUGUUUCACAAUUGAACCGGGCCUCUAUUUUCCGGCACAAGGAUUGCCAAUCAAAGAAGAAUUUCGUAAUAUUGGAAUUCGUAUCGAAGAUGAUAUUAUAAUUGAACCUGGUACGAAAAUGAUUAUUCCGUUGACAAAUGAUUGUCCGAAAUUGCUUGUGCAAUAGAUUGAAAAACAAUUAUCAUCAAUUCUCUGUGAAUUCAUAAAAACAUGAAUUUUUCAAGUGCUGCCAUCUGUCGACAUAAAAAGGAAAACCGAAUAUUUUAUUGAACGAAUUUAGAAAAUAAAUCAAAGAAAAAAAAAUCAA